AUGUUUGACCAAAAUCUAACAACAUUCGCCAACAGUGAAAUUCACAAACAUCUUAUGAAAACUUCUACAAGGCAGGUACUGUUAACCGAUGAAGCUCUCUACUAUUUUCUCUUAGUCAACUUCUGGGGUCCGGCCCUAGCAGUGUGCAUUCUUGGAAUAAUUACAAAUAUUCUAAACAUAAUCAUCUUUUCUAAACAGGGCGUCCGUGACACUGUCAACAUAAGCCUACUGGGCUUGGCCACUUCAGACCUGGGUUCCUUGAUUACGUUGUUUUAUACAAAUAUCUCCUUCAUGCCAGCUUUUACGGCUUUGGACCUCCCGUUUGUCGGCAGUGACGUGUCGUAUAUUGUGUCCUGGUGUCAUCUAAUAUUCACCAGAGUCAGCACUUGGAUAACCGCUUACAUCACGUUAGAGAGAUGUCUCUGUGUUACUGCGCCGCUGAGAGUCAAGAAUUUGUUCACUCCCAAGAGGACAGUGCUGUAUCUUAUUGUUGUCUAUGUGUUAAUGCUGGCAUGCGCUUGUCCAAUGUUCUACACUGCUCGACCAGCCAUAAUAUUUGACACAUUAAAAAACAGGACCUUGUUUGGAAUAUCCUUUUUAGAGGAACGCAACAAAAUAGAGACCAUCGGAUUCAUGACAAACAACACAAUCCCAACAUUGGCGUUUAUCACGGUGGCAAUCUGCACAGCAAUUCUGGUCUUAACCUUACGAAAGAAAUCAAAAUGGCGUCGACAAGCUACCACGUCUACUGCCAAAACUGUCGUAGCUGACAGAGACAGUAAGGUUGUCAAAAUGGUGGUACUAAUAUCUACUAUAUUCAUUAUUUGUUACUUCCCCGGAGCAGCUGUUUUUGUUUACAUGUUGUUAGAUUCCGAUUUACGUAUCGAUGGAGUUCAAAGGAAUUUGAUAAUUGCAAUUUUUUCAAUUUUAUUUCAUCUGGAAUCGAUCAACGCCGGUGUUAACAUCUUUAUAUAUUUGAGCAUGAGUUCAAAGUUUAGGGUAACGUUCAUGAGCAUGGUGUGUUUCAACUGUAAUAAAUUAACAGGGCGUAAUAAACACCAUAAAUAA